ACCAUUUUCAAAUAUUGCGGGCUAUUGGGAAGGGGAGUUUUGGAAAGGUGUGCAUUGUACAGAAGAGAGACACCAAGAAAAUGUAUGCCAUGAAAUACAUGAAUAAACAGAAAUGUAUUGAGAGAGAUGAAGUUCGAAAUGUUUUUCGGGAGCUACAGAUAAUGCAAGGCCUGGAGCAUCCCUUCCUAGUCAAUCUGUGGUAUUCCUUUCAAGAUGAAGAAGACAUGUUCAUGGUGGUUGAUCUCUUACUUGGAGGAGAUCUGCGCUACCAUUUGCAGCAGAAUGUCCACUUUAACGAAGGAACUGUUAAACUGUACAUCUGUGAGCUGGCACUUUCCCUGGAUUAUUUGCAGAGAUACCACAUCAUUCACAGGGAUAUCAAACCUGACAACAUACUACUGGAUGAGCACGGACAUGUUCAUAUCACUGACUUCAAUAUUGCAACCAUAGUGAAAGGCUCAGAAAAGGCUUCUUCUAUGGCUGGCACAAAACCUUAUAUGGCUCCAGAAGUGUUCCAGGCCUUUAUGGAUGGAGGCCCAGGAUACUCAUACCCUGUCGACUGGUGGUCACUAGGAAUUACAGCAUACGAAUUGCUGAGGGGCUGGAGGCCCUAUGAAAUUCAUUCAGCCACCCCCAUUGAUGAGAUACUCAACAUGUUCAAGAUAGAAAGAGUUCACUACUCAUCUACAUGGUGCAAGGGCAUGAUAGCAUUACUGAAAAAGCUCCUCACUAAGGAUGCGGAGUGCCGUCUUUCAAGUCUCGCAGAUAUCCAAAGCUCUCCAUACCUAGCUGAUGUCAACUGGGAUGCUGUUCUAGAGAAAUCUGUGACCCCAGGCUUUGUUCCUAAUAAAGGAAGACUGAACUGUGAUCCAACAUUUGAACUUGAAGAAAUGAUUUUAGAGUCCAAGCCUCUCCAUAAAAAGAAAAAGCGACUUGCCAAAAAUAAAUCCAAGGAUGGAGCUAAGGAAACCUGCCCACUGAAUGUACACCUGCAGCAGUGCUUGGAAACCGUUAGGAAAGAAUUCAUCAUAUUCAACAGAGAGAAACUAAGAAGACAGCAGGAUCAAAGCGGACAGACUUCCAGCACAGAGAGCAGAGCAUCCCUGCAGAGCCACGGGAAACUUCAAGAUGGACGUAACAACAACUUACUCGGACACGGAUGCACAAGAGGCUGCAGCAGCUACAGGAUCCCCAGCUGAGGACAUGUCCAUGGAGCACACCGGUUGAGAAAUUCUACCUAUGACCCUGCUCUUCAUUUGACUCUGCCACUGGAAAAAAUGACCAUCAGCAACAAAAUACAGUUUUAUAGGUUUGACUCUCCUUUUCAAAAUCCUGGAAGAAAACUUGAAACAAUUCAUUAGGCAGCCUCUCAAAGAUUGCCAUGUUUCUGGCUACCUGCAAGAGACAAGGUUAUACUGGGGCCAGCUUUAUCUUGAAGGCUUUACAUUGUCCUCUCUGUCUCUGUUAAUCAAAAUGGUCCAGCAUGGAAUUCCGUGAAACUGCUAGACACAGCUGUUUCUGAACAUCUGCUGUUGAAUUUAUAACAGAUGUAUAUGGUGUAAAUACGCGAAUGUAGUGUCAAAUAGGCUAAACACUGAAUAAUUUCAUUUAACUACCUGAAACCCAUUGGAAAUGUUACAGGGUGAAUGUCUUCACUUUGUUGUUUAACUUCAUGCAUUCUGCUUUGUAGUAAGAGAUGUGACCCUGGCCAAGUCAAAGUUUUGCUAGUGACUUUUGUGGAUGCAGGUUUAGACACAUUAGCAGUGUUUCAUAAUUAUGACAAAGAAAGACCUUUUUAUUUGUAAGAAUAGAAUAAGCUGACUGAGCCAGAGUUGAAAAGCAACUUAGCAAGGAGAGCUAAAAACAUUAGGAAAUUUCUCAGAUUCAUAGCUAGUUGUUAUAAAAUGUGAAGAAGUUACAUGUGUCUUUGUUUUCAUGGGUCUAUUUUGGAUGAGGAUUGUCUUGAAAAGAAAAAUACUUUAUCCAAAGUAUUCUUGACAUGAAAAGUUUUUUUGUUUGUUUGUUUGUUUUUAAGAGCAUCCACAUAUCCAUACAUCUAUGUAUUUUACAACUUGUACAUCCACAUUUUGAUAAUAAAUGCUUAUUUGUUCUGUCCUAUUGUGCUUUUAUUUUUAAAAGGUUAUCAUUCAUAAGCAAAUUUCAUUUCAACUUUUUUAAAAAAGUAAGUUAGGCUUUUGGAAGUGAUAAGCAUUUUGUUUGUAGUA